CUGGACUGACAGGUCUGGGACCACGGUCAAGGCCUAACAAAAGGGCCCAGAAAUGCUGGGUAGAACACUGGACCCAAGAGGCGAGGAGGGACGAGCACGGGCGGGGCCGCACGCACCGCCUACCAGGCCCGCGGAAACAAACGCCCCAGCGCCCCAGGAAGCCUCAGCCCUCUGCAGGACCCCACACCAGGAGGCGACCCUAGCAGAAAACUCGAGGGACCCUCGGAAUCGCGAGAAACAGUGUGUGAGCCUGGUGGGAACGGGAACAAGCUGGUGUACCCCAGCGACUUCCGGCUCACGGACAAGGAGAAAAGCAGCAUCUGCUACCUGUCCUUCCCCGACUCGCACUCAGUGUGGAGGGCAGAGGCGCCCCUGGCACACGGACGACAGGCACUGUGACAGCGGGGCCCCCGCGUCUCUGCAGACAGGUGAAGGACAGCUCAGCCCGGAGGGGCUACUUCCAGAAGGGCCCUCCUCAGGGCUGGGGUGGCCCUCACUGGCCCCUGGCCCGCAGUCUCUGGUGCUGGUGUCCCGCCUGCCCUUUGUCCGGCUGUUCCAGGCGCUGCUGAGCCUGGUCGCCCCUGAGUACUUCGACAAGCUGACGCCUUGCCUGGAAGCAGUGUGCAAUGAGAUUGACCAGUGGCCGGCCCCCGUGCCCGGGCAGACCCUGAACCUGCCUGUCAUGGGAGUCGUCCUCCAGGUGCAUAUCCCAUCCCGAGUGGACAAGCCUGAGUCUGGUCCUCCAGCGCAGCGCGGCCAUGAGAACCUCCUUCCGGCCCCGGUGGUCCUCAGCAGUGUCCACGAGCUAGACCUGUUCAGGUGCUUCCAGCCCGUGCUGGCCCACGUGCAGAUGCUGUGGGAGCUUGUGCUUCUCGGGGAGCCCCUGGUGGUCCUGGCGCCCUCGCCCGCUGUGUCCUCAGAGAUGGUGCUGGCCUUGACCAGCUGCCUGCAGCCCCUCAAGUUCUGCUGCGACUACCGCCCCUACUUCACCGUCCACGACAGCGAGUUCAAGGAGUUCACGACGCGCACACAGGCCCCGCCAAACGUGGUCCUGGGAGUCACAAACCCCUUCUUUAUCAAAACGCUCCAGCACUGGCCCCACAUCCUCCGUGUGGGCGAGCCCAGGAUGUUAGGGGACCUUCCCAAGCAGGUCAAGCUGAAAAAGCCUUCAAGGUUGAAGACCCUGGACACCAAGCCAGGCCUCUACACGGCGUACACAGCCCACCUCCACCGAGACAAGGCUCUGCUCAGACGCCUGUUUAAGGGCCUGCAGAAGAAGCGGCCGUCCGACGUGCAGACCGCGCUGCUGAGGCGGCACCUGCUGGAGCUCACACAGAGUUUCAUCUUCCCCCUGGAGCACUACAUGGCCAGCCUCAUGCCCCUGCAGAAGAGCAUCACGCCCUGGAAGACCCCUCCCCAGAUCCGCCCCUUCCGCCAGGAUGACUUCCUGCGCAGCCUGGAGCACGCGGGGCCCCAGCUCACCUGCGUCCUCAAGGGGGACUGGCUGGGCCUCUACAGGUGGGUGGACAGCAGGCGGUUUUUCAAGUCCCCUCAUUUCGAUGGCUGGUACCGACAGCGACGCAAAGAGAUGGCCCAGAAGCUGGAGGCCCUGCACCUCGAGGCCAUCUGUGAGGCGAACAUUGAGGUCUGGAUGAAGGGCAAGUCCGAAGUGGAGGUUGUGGACCUGGUCCUGAAACUUCGGGAGAGGCUGGUGCGGGCACAGGGCCACCAGCUCCCCGUGAAGGAGGCGACGCUGAAGCAGGCCCGGCUGUACAUCGAGACGGUCAUCAGCUCACUGCCCAAGGACCUGCAGGUCAUCCUGUGCCCUCCCUAGCCUGGGGCCGAUGGGCAAGGGGCCUAGCUGCCCCUGGCGGCCUGGGUCUGGCCGAGCUUCCUUCUCCCCGGUCAAGCACGAGCUCCCCAGCAAGGUGCCUGCUGCUCGUGGUCUUGGCCCCCACUCAGCACCACCACUGUCCCAGCAGUAAAGGCGCCAUCUGGAGCCACAGCUGGCCCCUGACUGUUGGCACAUCGUGAGCCAGCCACAGCCCCACCUCCCCCUGGGCCCCACUUCCUUCUGCAGGGUCUGGGGCCGGGGGGGGGGCGGGGCCAGCAUGGUCCCCCUAAUCUGAUCUGGGCCUCUGGCCACCAGCCCCCUCCAGGCACCCAUCUGCCCGAAACCUGCCAUCCCACGUGUGGUACCUGAUGUGUCCUUUGGGCUCACUCAGCUGCCCAGCCCAGGUCAGAAGGAGGUAGCUGCCAGGCAGCCCACCCGUCUGUCUGUCUUGCCUGGGGGCACCUCCCCAUUGUCAUUGGCCUGGGAGCAGAGAAGCCACUCUGUCCUGAGAACUCUGCCCUGUGGGCGGUUGGGAGGCUGCUGGGGCCCUGGUGGUGGCCAGGAGGGUCCCGGGCACUGUUUCCUUCCAGUCCUAGAACACCCCCUGGGCACAGCUCCCUUCCUCUGCCCAGGCUGUUUCUCGGCUGCGUGGCUCUACCCCACAUGCAGCCGGAGGGGUUUGAGCCUCCAGCCUGGCCAGGUGCCUCCGGCCGGAGCCCCCACAACCACAGCAGCCUAGGGACACCCUGUUCCUUGGCAAGGAGCGACAGGCCCUCCCAAGUGACACAUGCCACCAUGUGAUACCUUGGCGUACAGGGCCCAGUAGUGGCCAGCACUGUCACAGCUCAGCACCGAGUGGCCAGCACUGUCACAGCUCAGCACCGAGUGGCAGCACUGUCAGCCAGCAGGAGGGGGAGUGGGGGUAGCAGGGGUGAGGCCUUCGGGUAAGUUCCACCUUACCCAACCCUGACGCCUUGUCAAGGGGCAGGGCCCUGAAGGUGCCUACAUGGGCAUCACGGCUCCUUGAGCUGGUCCUGGCAGGGCCUUCCCUUGUCUGCUGAAGCCCCACAGUCCAGGCCCUCCCAAGUGGCGUCGUGUGGCGACGCCACCAGGGGACAGCAGGCGCUGGUCUCAGAGCUGCCAGCAUUGACUUGUCUGGCCCUGACCACAGCCUCAGAUAGCUGGCAUGGCCCCGUCCUGCAGAAAACUGAGCGCAGUCUGGUGCACGGCUGCAGUCUGACAGCAGCGUAGAGGCAGCAGAGAGAGAGAACCAGCUGGAGACGGGGAGUGUGGAAGGGCCUUGGGGCCCCAAGCGCCACUGUGGACAGCCUGUCUGGUCUGGGGAGUGGCCCAAGGGCCAAGGCUGCCGGGCAUGGGAGUGGCUUGGGACAUCGUGACCCCACCCGAGAGCGGGGUGCCCCAGCCAUCACUUCAGCGCAGAGCACGGUCACCUCCCUUCCCAAGUGGCGAAGGGCUGCAAGGGGGACUUCAGCCGCCCUCCGUCCAGGAGGUCCCCGACUCCUGCGUGCCACCUGGAGGGCUCUGGCUGUGUCUGCGCAGCACCUCAGCGCGGGUUGUCCUCGAGAGGGACGCCUGGCAGGGUGGGCAGCGCUGCGAGGGGCUGGGGGGUGGGGCAGAAUCUGAAGCCUUCCCUGGGUGCCUGGGCUGAGGAGGGCCCAGACGAGGCUUCCGGGCACAGUGCAGCCGGGGUGGGGGCUAGGUGUGGAGUCCUGCCAACUCCGUCUCCCCAGAGACUCCUGCCUUCCCUGCCAGGAUCAGGGUGGCUCUGGCUUGGCUGAGCCUCUGUCCCCCCACGGGGCUGGGGUCAGACAGUGAGGAGGGCAGGGGGGGGUAGGUGGGCAGAAGAGGCGGAGCCAUCUCCUACCAGAGCCCCUGGGCAGCAGGGCCUGGAGGGGCUGCAACUCCUGGUCUGAGGCCGGGGUGUGAGGGUAGUGGUGUGUGUGGGCCCGGGGUGGGGGUGGGGGUGGGGUGGAGGGCGCCAGUGGGCGGCUGCGGGGACAGGAAGGACAGUCCUCACCCCCCAGCUUCCUGCACUCUAUUUAAAGACUCUCUUUUAGGCUGGGAUGGUGGCCUUCCCACAUCUUUGGUAUUAAAAUGUCCUGUGACACAA